CAAUAAAUGCCAUGUCAUCACCUCUUCGGGGUGGGAAGCGUGUCGGAGCUCUUGAAGGUCGAAACCCUCCGUGGAAGGCGAAACCUGUCGAUUUUGGUCAUCGCAGAUGUUUGAUCUGCUAGAGGGGAUGCCCGUCAGCUCCCGCAAUGCUCCACUCCACGGCGUAACGCUGCUUCCCAGCAGGAAACUCUCCUCGUUGCGGUACUGCCGCUCCCGUCGCCUAAAAGUUCGGGCUCAAGAAGAACCUAGCGAAAAGUCAGUUGAGAUUAUGAGAAAGUUCUCAGAGCAAUAUGCCGUUAGAUCGGAAACAUUCUUCUGCGUGGAUAAGGGAGUCACCUCUGUUGUAAUCAAGGGUCUUGCAAAUCACAAAGAUACAUUGGGUGCACCAUUAUGUCCUUGUAGGCAUUAUGAUGAUAAAGCAGCUGAAGUAGCACAAGGAUUUUGGAAUUGCCCAUGUGUACCUAUGCGAGAGAGGUACUAUAGAGGCUCUUUCGGUCAUAGAUGUCUGCAGUUGAGCUUGAGGAUCCAGCUGUUGUUCAAGGGUGUAAGCUGGUGAAGUACGCUCAUUCAGUCUUCGCCACAACCGUUGUGCUGCUCGUCGGGUAUUUUACAACUUUCUUUGGUUACAUCUGUACUCUCUUAUUUGAUCUUCAAAUAAAGGGGCAGUAGUUGAAGGAGCUGUUUGAAUAGUUUGCUGGCGCUCCAUUACUUCUUAAGCUUGGCCUGUUCCUGUUUUAACAGUUUAUAGGGAUCUUGGAAAACCCUAAGUGUACCUAGUUUGGGUUUGUCAGGCUUGCCUAAGGAAAGGUUUUGGAGUUUUUGGAUUAGGUCGUCUGGUAAUGAUGGUGGACUCUCUUGUUUUUCUAGAAUUGUUUUUAUAUCAGACUGGAUAUCCUUCAAGUUUUCAGCAAUUUGAGAGAGUAAUUGGAUCUGAGUGUUGUUUUGCUUAAUAAUGGUGGAUAAUGCGGAAGAUGAGCUUUGGUGGUCACUAGGUUUAACAAAUCCUACAGUAGGUGAUUCUAUAGGUUCUGUGGCUUGCAAAGCGUCGCGAUAGGAUGCAGUAUUUCUAGUGAUAACAUAAUUACUCAUAAAAAUGAUCCCACAAGGUUUGAGAGAAGGUACUCUUUCUUAUUUGAUUCACACAAAUGUUUGCUUGGGCUUAUCGAGGUUGAUUGCCUAUAAUGCCAAGGUUCUUGUUCUUUUAUCAAAUUAAGAAAAAGAAACCAGACUCUGAUACCAAAGUGGGCACGAUGCGCUAGAUUUGCUGUGGAUCGAAACAGCAAGUUUACAAUAACAGAGAUAAGCAAGUAAGGUUUUGAACUUACUUAGAAAGCAGACUCUUCUUCAAACUUCAAGCUGAUUUCAAGACUCAGAUCACCCCCAGGUAAGACUCGAGGUAAGCAUGAAUGCCUUGCAAAGGGAACGGGGCUCGUCUUAAAUAGAGAAAGAAAGGUUCUCCGGGUGCUCUGAGGGCCCCAUAGUCAAAGAACCUUUAUCUCAGAUAAGAUCGAAUUUCGUGAGGUGUCUUAGAUAGCACCUAGUGCUUAUUCUUUACAGCUUAUACUUUAUAUAAAGUAGGACACGUUUACCUAUACAUGAAAUAAAGAUUCCCAGUCACUUCAGAUUUACUUUUCAUAAAGUAAAGAUUCCCAGUCGCUUCAAACUUUAAAGUUAUUCAUCCUUCGUACCGCAUCACUUAGUAGGUUGGCAGCUUGUUCCAACUGGUGGUCUACUUGCAUAGUGAUUGGGUGCCACCCAGACCACCAAUUAUCUUUGGUACUUAAUUGCUGGCAUUCUCGUAACUUGAGUGAGUGCAAUAUUUGUAGUUGUUGUAAGGCGUUUGUGGCUUGAACCGUUGCUCGCUAUUGGAGUUGGUGAAGCUCUUCCCUGAUUCGUCCAUCUUCGUCUAGAGAAAUUGGGUAUUGCCUUUGCAGUAAUCUAUGGUACUGUGUUGGCCUGGGGACGGGCUGACAGAGAGGUGUCAGGGGCGGGUGAAUCACCUUUUUUGCCACUAGGAACAUAUUGUACAUUAAAAGAGUAGUCCAGUGCACGAAGCUCCUGUGAAUACAGGGUUCUGUGGAAGGGUGAUGCAACAUUAAGAGGUUAUUUUUGAGACUCAAACCCAUGACUUCUAGAUAUCAUGGCAACAACUUUAUGGUUGUGCUAAGGUUCCCUUUCAACAUAUUGUACAUUACAAUAUGAAAUUAAUCUUGGGAUUAACCUUUUGCCUAUACAUGAAAAUGCACAUCUUAUGCUACUAUGUUGUUGGUCCAAGUAUGUCUCAUGGUUUCUACCUCGCUUCCACCACUGUACCCAAUGUGUCUUAUGCUACUAUGUCAAAGUAGAGAAUCAAGAGAUUCACUGGGAUGUACAUGGGUAUCCCUGCAUGGUCAUACCAUGAAAAAAUUGUUGCAAGUGAUAACCUUACCAUGAAGCCAAGGUGGCAAUUAUCUGAAUACAGUACGUACUAAACAAAAGUGUGUUAUGACCUAUAUAUGAUCAAGAGCCCAAUCUCUGGAUCCGGAUGACAAUGAGAGUAAUUUGAAUUGGCUUAUUACACAAUUUUAUUCUUACAUCCAUUGGCAGUCUGCAAAUAUACUUAUCAAGAAAUACCCUGUUAUAGCCUUUUUAUAUCCUGUAUCUGCAUAAAUAAACUGUUUGAAUUUCUAAGCAUUGUAUGAAUGGGAAAGUAGAUAGUUUGGAAAUUGUCCUAGCAAAUAUGUUGCUGCUUCAUAGUUGCUACCAUAUAUAUUUCUUUGAAUGUCAAAUUUUGACAGGAAGGAAUGCCAUUGUAUGCUGUUUCUCACUCCUGAUAAU